GGCAAUCUCACCUUAUCCACACUCCCACCAUUUCCCUAAUCUUUAAGUGUAGUGGCACUUACCCCUUACACCAAGCACUUCGUUAUCUUCGACCUUAUUCUCUACUUUGUUCUUGGUGGCACCACCAGCAAUGGCAGCCAUGAACUCCAGUGUGCUGACAUGCAACUACGCCUUAUCGGGCUGUGGAUCCUCGGAGCUCACCGCUAAGCUUGCCUUGACACCAUCGGCUGCAUCACCAGUCGGGCCUGGUCGGAAACUGACGGUGAUUAGAGCUCAGCAGGCUAAGAUUUCUGAUUCAAAAGAAUCCCGCGAGAACGAAAACCGAGGAAGAAGAGGUGCACUUCUUUGCCUUGCAGCUGCCCUUUUCACAACUGCUGCUUCCACCACCUCUUCUGCCAAUGCUGGAAUCAUUGAGGAAUUUCUUGAAAAGAGCAAAGCUAACAAGGAAUUGAAUGAUAAGAAGAGGUUGGCUACAAGUGGGGCAAACUUUGCAAGAGCAUACACUGUUGAAUUUGGUUCUUGCAAGUUCCCUGAGAACUUUACCGGCUGCCAAGAUCUUGCCAAGCAGAAGAAAGUACCAUUCCUCUCUGAAGAUUUGGAACUAGAAUGCGAAGGCAGGGACAAAUACAAGUGUGGUUCCAAUGUGUUCUGGAAAUGGUGAGGUGUGAAAGCUUGUAUUUCUGUCUCAUGUACUUAUCCAACUUGUAUCAAGUUUCAUGUCAGAACUUCUGAUCCCUUUGUUCUGUAAUCUUCUCCCUGUCUUUCUAUUUUGUUGCUUUCUUUUUCCUUGUUGAAUACCAAGAAAUGGUUCGACUUUGAUAUCAAAAAAUUAUUUUUCAGUACCCUCCUUUCUUUUUUUAUCAAAUAAAAGUGUGUAACAUCCGUG